AGGCCUGGGGAAGCCUCUCCCACACGGCAGCCCGGGUGCCGGCGCUUGCUCUCCAGCUGUUCCUAGGCCCAGGGCGAGGGUCCGGGAAGGGAGAGCGGGCUGCGGCUGGUCACCGCUCGGGCAGCCUCGGCCUGGUCGUCCUCUCCGAGUCUGUUGGUGCUCCCGUCGGGCCGGCAGCCUGGCUAGCAGCUUCCGGGCGGCUGCCCGCGCUCCUGACUGACAGGCGCCGUCCCCACAGCCCGCGCCACCCGCCACGUCCCCGCUCUCGGCCGGCGCACGGCGUGGCUGCCAGCGACCUCUCGGAGCCCAGUGCGAUGUGGGCUCCCGGCUUCGGAGCCGCGCGGCUUCCCCGGCGCCGGCGCCCUGGGCCGCUGGCGUCCUCCGUUCGGCCGCUGUGGCCGCCGCUGCUGCUGUGCCUGCUGGCGGCCGUGGGGCCGGUGCGCGCCUGGGAGAGCGCUGACCUGGAGUUGUUCGACUUGGUGGAGGAGGUGCAGUUGAACUUCUACGAGUUCCUCGGGGUGCAGCAGGAUGCUUCGUCUGCAGACAUCAGAAAGGCAUAUCGUAAGCUUUCACUAACCUUACAUCCAGACAAGAAUAAAGAUGAGAAUGCAGACACUCAGUUUAGACAAUUGGUGGCCAUUUAUGAAGUUUUAAAGGAUGAUGAAAGAAGGCAGAGGUAUGAUGAUAUUCUGAUCAAUGGACUUCCAGAUUGGCGACAGCCAGUAUUCUACUACAGGCGAGUGAGAAAAAUGAGCAAUGCUGAGCUGGCAUUACUCUUGUUCAUUAUUCUCACAGUGGGUCAUUAUGCUGUGGUUUGGUCAAUCUACCUGGAAAAACAACUGGAUGAGCUGCUUGGUAGAAAAAAGAGAGAAAAGAAGAAGAAGACAGGAAACAAAAGUACGGAUGCAGCAAAACUCAGUGCUUCUGAAAAAAAUGAAAGAUUGCUAGUAAAACCACAAUGGCAUGAUUUGCUUCCAUGCAAACUGGGAAUUUGGUUUUGCCUUACACUAAAAGCAUUGCCUCAUCUAAUCCAGGAUGCUGGGCAGUUUUAUGCAAAAUAUAAGGAGACAAAAUUGAAAGAAAAAGAAGACGCGCUGGCUAGAAUUGAAAUUGAAACACUUCAAAAACAGAAGAAAGUUAAAGUUAAAAAACCGAAACCAGAAUUUCCUGUAUAUAUGCCGUUAGAAAAUACAUAUAUUCAGUCUUAUGAUCAUGGAACUUCUAUUGAAGAAAUAGAGGAGCAAAUGGAUGAUUGGCUGGAAAACAGGAGCAGAACACAGAAAAAACAGGCACCUGAAUGGACAGAAGAGGACCUCAACCAGCUGACAAGAAGUAUGGUUAAGUUCCCAGGAGGGACCCCAGGUCGAUGGGAAAAGAUUGCCCACGAAUUGGGUCGAUCUGUGACAGAUGUGACAACCAAGGCCAAGGAACUGAAGGACUCAGUCACCUGCUCCCCAGGAAUGGUCAGGCUCUCUGAACUGAAGUCAAAUGCUCAGAAUUCCAGGCCCAUCAAGAUUGCCACAGCCUUGCCAGAUGAUAUCAUCACCCAGCGGGAGGACUCAGCAGGGACCAUGGAGGCUGAGGGGCCAGAGACAGCUGAGGGUGAGCAGGAGACAGUGGCCGCCGAAGCCCGGCCUCGGAGGCGGAAGUCAGCCAGAAUGGCUGAGGCAGUAACCAGAGCGGAGCCAGAGGAGAAGCUAAGAGGAAAGAGGCAAAAAGACUUUGAUAUAGCAGAACAAAACGAAUCCAGUGAUGAAGAGAACCAGAGAAAAGAAAGAACUCGUGCUACAGAGGAAGCGUGGACUCAGAGUCAGCAGAAACUUCUGGAACUGGCAUUACAGCAGUACCCAAAAGGAGCCUCCGACCGCUGGGACAAAAUAGCCAAGUGUGUCCCAUCUAAGAGUAAGGAAGACUGUAUUGCUAGAUACAAGCUGCUGGUUGAACUGGUCCAAAAGAAAAAACAAGCUAAAAGCUGAACCUUCCGGAAGAUGAUCGUUUGCCAUCGUUUUCCAAAUGAGUACUUCAGAAAUCUCAUGCAGAAAUUUACAUUUUGUACCUCAGUAUUUCCAAACGUCAUGUGCCUUAGUUUAAAAAAAAAAAAUCAAAAUCAGUCAAUCAUAGAUGCUCUGUGGUGCUGUUUACAGGCCUUGUGUUUUGGGGGAGGGCUGGGGUGUUUGCAGAUGUAACUUGCCCUCAGUGCAGUUUACUUCGCUGGGAGAUUUCCAACAGUGUUCUAGUGCCAGGCAGAUAGGGGAGCAUGUGAAUGAACUGACAUGGAAGAAUUCCAACCUAAUAUGGUCUCUUAACAAUGUAGCCAAAGGAGAUGGGUGUGGUGGCAUACAUACAGCACUCAGGAAGCAGAGACAGGAGAAUCCCUGUGAAUUUGAGGCUAGCCUUGUCUAUAUAGUGAGUUCCAGGACAGCUAGGACUACAUAGUGAGACCCUGUCUCAAACAACAGAAAAGUAACUGAAGAACACACAGUUAAUUCAUUGCUAGGCCUGAGCAGUGAGCCAAGGCCACUCACAGAGAUACAUCAGCUUGACCUCAGGCUGACUGGCAGACAGCAGAGAGGCCAUCUUAAUUGGUUCAGAAAAGUAUCUGAAUUAACAGAGCAUGGAGUUUCUGGGAACCAAGACAAGGGUCCAUUGCUAAGUGUCUAGGUUAAUGUCUGUUGUCCUGUUACACCUCUCAAGCCUUCUUGCUCUUUGAACUGUCACAUCUGCCAAGCAUGCCUUUAAAACUUGUCACUCCCUGGUACAUGCAGUAUAUGUAACCAGAAAAGCAGGCAAGUAUCCAGAACAUAUUUAAGGAAAAUGAUUUGAUGUCUGUAAAGGUGUCCUUUUCUCUAAGGAUUGAAAUAUGGUGGCAAAGGUCACCUCUGCCCUGUAAGCAGGAGGAGGACAUGGAGCUAGGUAAAGCCAUGUCCUUCCCUGAGCUCAGACAACAAAGGAAGCCUCACGCCUCUAACCUCGUGGGAACUGCAUCGCAGACUCAGUUGGUUCCAAAACAGCAGCUGAAAAGUAGAGAAGCUGCUGAACAGCUUGUGUCCUGGAGCAGGAGUUUCGUCCCCUCAGCCCUGUGGAAAAGGGACCAUGGAGACAUGGAGAUGACGUCUGCCUGGCAGAGGUGGGGCACACAAGACAGCCAGAACCCAGGAGUGCUGUCGCCCAUCCUUUCCACAGACCAAGCCGAGGGCUGGCCAGUCUUGGGCCAGCAGCUCUUCCCCGGGGCUUCUGCCUGGGAGCUGGUGGCCUCUGAAGUGGCCACUAUAGAUUCCAGGCUGAUCCCAUCCCACCCCCACGCAUCUAGGGCAGACAAGCAUCGGGGAGAAACAGUAGAUUGUCCUGGAUGAGGGCCAGCUCCAGACCUGUCUAUCACGCAGCGUGUGACAUCUCUGAGCACCCUGCUACGUCACCCUUCCAUCACAGUGCUCUGAACUGUGUGGUUCCUUGUACAAGUUUCUGGCUUUCUGUAACCAAAUGUAUCUCAGCAGGACGUGGUGAUACACACCUGUAAUCCUAGCCCCCAGGAGGGGCUGCAAGUCUGAGAUCAGCCUGGUCUAUGCAGUGAGUUCUAGGCCAGCCAGGGCUACAUAGUGAGACCCUUCUCCAGAAGCACUUUCUAAAAUACAACUAGUAUUUUACCUCCCCCAGGCUCUUUAAGAACACAAGGCCCCAGCAUGGCUCCUUGUGCCCAUUUGGGCUUUCUAGAAAGAGCUAUUCCCUAUAGGAAGUCUGAAUGCGGAAGGGUCAGGUUGCUGUAGGACCAAACAAGGACAUGUACUAGACUACUAUCCCCCAGAGGCAGGGGAGAGUACCCCUACAGGGCUGUGGUCCAGAGCGGGAGGUACCUCCAAAAGGGACACACCUGAGCACCAACCCAGCCAGUUGUACUAUCCGUGACCCUUCUGUAGCACCAGAUACCGACACCCUGGGAAACAGAGGGCCCAGGAGUUCCUUGUUCUCACCAGGAGGUUCCCCCUGCGCCCUGCCAGUCACCUCCACCAGCGCCCUCCCUCUCCGUAGUUUUCUACUCUGACUUAGAUAUGUAAGCCAGCAAGUCUCCUCCCACGCUCUCCACUACCUUGUUUGUUUGUUAGGAUAGGGAGAAGUUGGAAUUACCACCCACGUGGAAUCUUUUUGCCCUUAUUAGAUGACAGAGACCUGCCUAAUGUCCCCCAUGAGAGGGACCUUCCAACCCCAUCCCCAGACCCCAUCCUUGAACUGUUUACAGCUGCUCACCAGGGUGAUCCCAGCCCUGCACCAUCCUCCAUGGGUGUGAAAUUUCUUUGAGUAAACGACAUUCUUGUGUUUUCAACAGUGGAUGGGUCCGUCUCACACUGGACAACAGCCAGGGGCCCUUUUGAGAGUAGAUGCUAGGCAACAGCCAUGCUUUGGUGACAUCCUGUGAGGCCUCUCCACAACCACCAUAUACAUGCUGGGGUCUGUUCUCUGUGUGGCCACACCUGGCAGGAGAUGGGAAACAUCUCACUUUUAGCUCCAGCUCAGCUGGAAGAACAGAAUUGUGCAUAGCACAAUGCAGUGUUAGUUGGGGAUGUCAACCUAGCUUCUCGAGAGCAGUCUUCUGUAUCUACAUGUCGCCCAGAUUUCCUGACUGUCCCUCGGUUUUACUCUGUUGUGAGGCUGACAGGCCAGCAUAGGCUCCCUCCAGUUCACAUCCCUGCCUGGGGGUCCUUGAUCUAUGGGUAGACUCCCUGGAUGUACACAAUCUUCAGAGGCCAGUCUUCCCUGGUGCCCCCAGAAUCCCUAGCCUGUGUGCUGUAUUCAUUCUGAGGCCACCCGGGAGGCCAGAGGGAAGGAGAGCCCAGAGCUGGACCUCAGAGGAGCCCAGACCCAGCUGCCUUCAGCUAACCUACGACCUGGGCAAGUUGCUUUAGCAUCUGAUGGGGGCUACUUACUGUUUACAAAAUAUGGGUGCCAAUAUCUGACGAGACCACACCUUGCCUACUACACUAGCUCCUUGUCACUAAAGCCAUCGGCCUGGUUUCCAACUCUGCUUCCUCAAAUGUGGUUUAAAUAAGGGUAGAGUGAAAAGACUCACGGCUGAAUCCAGAUCUAGACCAGUGAGGAAAGGAGUGGACCACAUGGUGCCGGGUUCCACUGCAUGCAGUUUUUGGAAGGAGGACUGGGGCAGGGGUGGGGGUUCCCACUUACAUCCUAUACCCAUCAGGAGCAGUGCACUGUCUGACACCCAGCAUAUGAUGACAGGUACAAGAGAUCUCAGAGUUGAUUUUAGUUGUAAACCCCAAGGUAGAGAUGACAGUGUCCUGACCUGAGCCGCAGCUUCUGAGGAGCCCCUUCGUUCAGGAAAUCUGAGACCCAAAGACACCUGGGCUGAGUGUGCCCUGGUAAGUUCUGCAUCUGGAUGAGGUCCAUCCUGGGAGGGACCCACCUCUGUCAGGCCCUCUACCUGGCUGCAUCUCUUGCAUGGGUAUCCCUCCACUCCCCAGAGUGGCUGUGGAAGCUGGAGUGAGGCCUUGUGCGACAGCAGCGACAUCACCUGAUCAAGGGUAGGCAGUUAGUAAAAACAGGUUUCAAUUAUUUCACCCUUAAGUUUAAAAGCCCCUCGCACUGAUUAGUGGCCCUAAAAUAAGGCCAGCUUCCAGAUAAUGGCUAAGACAAUUAUUCUGAGUCUCUGCUCUGGUUUCCCAUCAGAUCCUCAUUCCUGAGUUGGCGUCCAUGAGACGCAUGCUAUUAGAAAUCGGGUCAGCUUCAGUGGUGACCCCACAGGCCAAGUCUGCGGGAGUCCUCUCAGGUUUCAUGAACCCUUUGCAGCGUCCCCAGGUAGCUUUCACGGAGGCCCUGAAAGUCCAUUGUGGGCUGUGAAGUUGAGAGGUCCCAGCACUGGUCUGGAUUGUGACUGGGGACCUAUUCUUUUUAGAAAUAAAAAGGAGCCAUGAGUGUUCUCUGUAGCUAAGGCUCUAUCCUGCUGGCAGCUGUAACCCUGUUACCUGGACCUAGUUCAUAGCUGUGGAGUUAGUCCCUGGAAAAACUGAGUAGGGAGGGGUUUCCACGGACUCUGGAAAAGAAAAUUGUUUCGUGUAGGAUGGAGGGAGGGGUGUGCUAGCAAAGUUCUGAAAUAGCAUGCACAGAAGGGCUGAUUCUGCUACUCCUCUGCUCCCCUGGGGACACUGGGGGGUAAAGCUCAGAAGGUAGAAAACAGGCAGCCCCCAUCCUCCUGCCCGGCCUGAGACGGUGUCCCACCUAGUGGUCAAGAUCUAGUACCUGGAUUGGUCCUGAAAUGAACAAGCCAAAGUAGGGGGGUGAGAGUCCCUAUUGAGCAACCUAUCUGCUGUCACAUGAGUCACUCUGUGAAACCCACCAGGUUAGCUUUAAAGCCAGAACGGAUAGCACACGUCGGUCACCCCGGGACAUGGCAGGUGCAGGCACAUGAAUUAGGAGUUCAAGGUCGUAGUUGGCUAGAUAGCAAGGACACAUGAGACUGUCUCAAAAAAACAAAACAAGCCAGGUGGUGGUGCAUGCCUUUAAUCCCGGCAGAGGGAGGCAGAGAGAUUCCGAUCUCUGUGAGUUCAAAGCCAGCCUGGUUUAUAGUGCAAGUUCCAGGACAGCCAAGGCUAUAUAGAGAAACCCUGACAUAAAACCAGACAGACAGAGAGAAUGUUGCAGAUGGCAGCGGGGGAGGAAAGGUGCUGGGAAAAUGCACUGCCUGAAACCUCAGCAGCAGGAGACACACUCCCAAAAGGGCCAAACAUUGAAGGGUGCCAUUUAAAAAAAAAAAAACAACGGCCCCAGACCUUCUGUAGCCAGCACUAGUGAAAACUCAGGAAAGUGUCAUGGGCCCAUACACACUGAAACCUGGCCAGCAGAGACUUCUGGACUGCAGAAAAGAGAGGGCAUCGAGACCUUACCUUCAGUGAGGUGGAAACUGGCUGGAGACAGUCUGCAGGGGAUGAGUCCCACAUCAGCAAGGAGCGCUGAGGGGUGGGGCCAGCAUUCACAGACACACUGCUGGUGGACCCCAGGACUGGGAUGGGCAUCUUCAGCCUGGCCUGGAGGACUGUAUGUGGGUGGGGUGUCAAUGUGGCUGGAAUAAGAAUGGCUCCCAAAGGCUCAUAUUUGAAUACCUGGUUCCCCAUCGGUGGAACUGUAUGGGAAGGAUGAAGAGGUGUGGCCUUGGGGCAAGCUAAGAAGUUUCAAAAGCCCAGGCUAUUUCCAAUGUCUUUCUCUCUGCCUCAUACUUGUGGAUCAAGAUGUAAGCUCCCAGCUAGUGCUCCAGUGCCAUGCCUGUCUGCCUGUUGCCAUGCUCCCCAUUGUGAUGGUCUUGGACUCUAGCCUUCUGAAACUGUAAGCCCCCAAUAAAUUCUUUCUUCUAUAAGUCA